AUGCUGAACGUCCAGCAGCUGGCGUUAGUAGGCUCAAGCCUUUUGCCUGGGCUGAUCUCGGCCGCUUCUUCAACAACUUCGUCUUCUUCUCCAAACCCAACCGCCACCUACAUCAAUUUUGCCGCUGUUGAUAUCCUAGACGGCGACGACGGUCUCCCCACUCAUCCUUUCCAACCACAAAAAUACGGAAAAUGGACAUACCCCAUCACCACCGACGGCAACGGACGAGAGCAGGUCGAGGCCCAUGUGACAUAUUACGAGAACAAGUACUACAUGCACGCGGCAACCUGGGGCUGUGGUGGUUCCAUCUUCGUCUACGGCCAGAUCGCGAACGUGGAUUGGCCUGUCAGUCCUGUCUAUCCGCCUGGUGACUAUGGGGAGGACGGCAACUGCGGUAUCAAGUCGUAUUCGUCUUCCGAUUUUACCAACUGGGAGCUGGCAACCUUCUACCAGCCCUCCAUCGAGGUGGCCAACGUGACAAAACCAGUGGUCCGCUACAGCAACGCGACUGGGCAAUAUGUCAUGUUCAUGGGAGGCGGCGCACUAACGGCAAACUUCUACUACGCCACGUCUGAUUCUCCUGGUGGCCCCUGGAGCGAUCCACCCCGUCUCCUGGGCGGCAUGAAUAUCUCUCAUGACUUUGACGUGGCCGUGGGCCCGGACGGAACCCACUACAUGGUCAGCGAUGUUCUCUCGGGCCUGAAGUCUGGCUCAUCCGAAUGGGAUGUAUAUGUCUGGGAUAUAUACAUUCACCAGCUCACGCCCAACCUGACCUCGACGGUUGGCACGGCUGCCACCUCCGUCCUGGUGCGCUCGGCCCAGGAGCUUAACGCCAAGGGUCUCACGCUCGAGGCCUCAGGUUUUUUCUACCAUGACGGCUACUGGUAUUUGACCUUUGGAUACACAUGUCAGAACUGCGCUGGCUAUAUUUAUUACUACUAUGCAACCGACCCCCUUGGCCCUUAUACAGACGGCGGCUUUCUGAGCCAGGACGGCUGUGGUGGUCAGAACAAGGGCGCCAACGUGCUUCCCACGCCAGAUGGGGGGCAGGUUAUCCUUGCGGGCAACCUUGGGUACAGGACCAGCCCGAGCGACAUCUAUCACGAUGGUCUCAUGUGGCACAGCGAUAACCACCAGGCUGCCUCAAGCACCUUCUUCUUCCCCCUCGAGUUCAACGACGAUCACACCAUCAAGAAUUUCACCUGUCCAGCCACAGCAACAGUUCCUCUUAUGGUUGACACGGCGGCAGCGGCAACAGUAUCUCCCAGCGCACCAGUUCCCUACCAGCUGGACUGUCGCGUCCGCAACGGGCAGGACCUGGUGCAGACCUACAGCUCUGGGAGGACCACCUCCUCCAACAUUGAGUUUCCCGUGUGGCAGCGGACAUGGAACCUGGGCCCUACCACGAAUGCCGGCCCGGUUCUGGAUGGAUACCUGCAUGUGUCCGUUGGCUUCUCCGACGGCGAGAGUGAAGUCUUCUCCUGGCCGUCCAGCAAUAUCUCGUGGGCUCCAGGUAAGAUAUCGCUGCCUGUUGGGGGGAAGACGGUCUUGAGCAUCACGCUGAGCACAAAUGCGACGAAUGGCUGUUAUGGGACGUUGGCGCAACCGUCGAAUGAUAAUGCUACAGUGAGUGCUUAUGGCACGUUGAGGGCCGGUGAAUUCGAAGAGUCCACAAAGGCCUCCUUGUAUGUUUACCAAUUCUAG